GCUUAAUUUGCUCGACGCCUUUGAAUUCACUUUCGAAGUUUCCCAAGUAUAAAUCCCCCUCCCAACCCUUCCAAUAUCGAUAUCCAAUCCAAAAUCUAUCUAUCGAGAUUCUUCCCCGUUUUUAGGAAUAAUCUAGCCAAUUAAUUGAGGUUAUAUGGACUCCGAGUUCUCGUCGGAAUCCUCCUCCUGUCCGUCGUUCGAAUCCUUUCCCCCGGGGAAAUCCCUCCCGCUCGACGUCCACGACAGCAAUGAGAUGGUCCUCUUCGAAAUGAUAGCCGAGAGCGGCGGCGAGGGGGGAGUCAGGGGCCCCGAGGAGGCCGAGUCUAGGCGGCGGCGGGGAGAGCGGCCGCCGCCCAGAAGCGGCGGCGGCGGCGGCGUGCUGGGCUACCGCGGGGUCCGCAAGCGGCCAUGGGGGAAAUUCGCUGCGGAGAUCAGGGACUCCACCAGGAACGGGAUCCGGGUGUGGCUGGGGACGUUCGACACCGCCGAGGCCGCCGCCAUGGCCUACGACCAGGCGGCGCUGUCGAUGCGAGGCCAACUGGCGGUGCUGAAUUUCCCCAUCGAGCGCGUGCAGGAGUCGAUCCAGCAACUCGGCUGGGGCAAAGGCGGCGGCGGCGGCGGCGGAGGCGACUCACUCGUGAUGGCGCUCAAGAAGAAGCACUCGCUGCGGCGGCGGCGGAUCAGCCGCAAGAGCAAGGCGGCGCAGAAUGUCCUGGAGCUCGAGGACUUGGGCGUCGACUACCUGGAGGAGCUGCUUAGACUCUCUGAACUAGAACCUCUCUCACCUUCCAACAGAUUAAACUUUCACAGUCGCAACCUCUGUUAGAGAUCACUUCUUCUUCCAAGUUCCAUAGUCAAAUCAAAGUGUAGAUGUGUUACUUCUUUCCUUCCUUCCACAGUAAAAGUCAUCACUCCUUUUCUCUUAAUUUGUACUUAAAAGCAAUCAUUUCAUUUGCCACACUCAUAUAUUUACUGAUGAUGAUGGGAGAAUCCAAUGAAGCUGGCCACUAUUCAGACUGG